AUGGACACGCCACGCCCCCUACGACUCGGUCGAAAAGCGACCCUCCUCCUGUACGCCAGCCCUCUUCUUCUCCUAAGCACGCCUGCCUCAGCGCACGGCGGUCAUACAGAUAACAUCCCCGAGGGCGAAGCGGUCUCGCCGGAUCCGCUUGACUCGCGGCUAUGGAUGCACAUUUUGCUGAUGAUCCUGGCCUUUGGGAUGAUCUUCCCCUACGGCAUGGUUCUCGGCAUAGUCAAGAGUCGAUGGCACGUUCCCUGCCAGAUAGUCGGCACGGUGAUCGCGACGGUGGCGUACUUCCUGGGGCAUAUGCAUAGGGGACGACAAUUCCGACAUCCGAACAUUCACGCGAGUUUUGCCAAUAGUCUGGUGCUCAUGCUCAUCGUGCAGGUCGGACUCGGCGUCGGUCUGAAACUACACCUAGAGGAGAAGAAAGGGUGGGUUGGCCGCGUGUUUGGCGGCAAAGCCGGACGCGGAGGCCGCCGAGGAGUCGUCCUCGUCCACGGCUGGUUGGGCAAGACGAUGCCCAUCGUGGCGUGGACACAGAUGCUGUUCGGCGGGAUCGUCGCCAUGGGCUACUGCCGCGGCGACCACCUGGGCCAGUGUCUCGCACACUUUAUCAUGGGCAGCGCGUUCAUCGCCUACGGCAUCAUCAUGACGCUCCUGCUGCUCGUGGGCCAGGCGUGGCUGCGCAAAACGGGCCGGAGCCAGGAGUUCUUCGACAGCUGUGUCAUUGCCGCGUGGGGCUGCGUCAACACCUUCACCGAACACCGCUGGGGCCACCCCUGGGUCAAGAACGACCUGCAGCAUACAAGCAUGGGCAUCGUCUGGUGGUGCGCCGGCCUUUUGGGCGUGUGGCUGUCCCGCAGCCGGAACGGGCGCCCCAAGCGGAACAUCCUCCCUGGCCUGGUCAUUCUCAUGACGGGGUGGGCCAUGAGCGCCCAUCCGCAGGACCUGCCUCUGAGCACCAUGGUGCACACCGUCUUCGGGUAUACGCUGAUGGCGGCCGGUACGGCGCGCAUCAUCGAGAUCAGCUUCCUCCUCAAGGACAGCCGCGGCUCGGGCGAGGUCAACAGCUGGCAGCAUCUGCCUCCGUUCCUUCUCUACGCGUCGGGUUUCCUCUUCAUGGGCGCCACGGAGGAACAGAUGCACCUCCUCUCCGAGGCCGACGUCACCCACGUCAGUUACAUCCUCAUCCUCUACAGCGUGGCCUUUCUGCUCUACCUCUUCGUCAAUAUCCUACUGUACGUCUACGCCAGCCACGCCUGGCCCGAGGACGAGACGAACGGGGUCCGCGCCGCGAGCGGUCGAGGCCCCCACGCGCGUAGCGCGAGCAGACACUUUAGCGUUGCCGGCCCCAGCGGUGGCGGAGCCGGCCACGGGUACAAAAUGUCGGUGCUCCCAAAUGGUGGGAUCAACGGUUCAGCGAACGGGAGCGCGAGGUUACCGAAACAUCGCAGCACUGCGAGCCAGCAGGUACGCGACGCGGAGGAGUUCGAGCUGGAAGGCUUGAUCAGCGAUGAGGGAGAGGACGAGGUGGAUUCACCUCGCGUUGCGAAGAAAGAAGGUGGUGUCGCGCUGGCGUAG